UAAUAAAUCCACGAAUAAGAGAAAUGAAGCGCAAGGCUCCACUCAGGUAGUGGGAAGUAUGGCGGCGUGUGUGCGGAAAGCUGCUCAUGAGAUUGAUGUCCGGACGCGAACAGAUGAUGUUCUGUCGUCUGCCGGAGUGGAGUUCAAUUCCUUACUGCUCUCUAAACCGGUUCUGGAGGGUUUGUCCGCCUCCGGCUUUCAGAGACCUUCACCAAUCCAGCUAAAGGCGAUUCCGCUGGGGCGGUGUGGACUGGAUCUUAUUGUUCAGGCUAAAUCUGGCACCGGAAAGACCUGCGUGUUCUCCACCAUUGCCCUGGACUCCCUGAUCCUUGAAAAUGCUGCCACUCAAGUUCUUGUUUUGGCGCCGACCAGAGAGAUUGCUGUGCAGAUCCAUGCAGUGGUAAUGGCCAUUGGCAGUGCCAUGGAGGGACUGGAGUGCCACGUGUUUAUUGGUGGACGGCCUGUGAGUCAGGACAAACUCCAUCUGAAGAAAUGUCACAUUGCUAUCGGAUCUCCAGGUCGUAUAAAGCAGCUGAUUGAGAUUGGAGCGCUGCUGACAGCCAGUGUUCGUCUGUUUGUUCUGGACGAGGCAGAUAAACUGCUGGAGGAGGGCAGCUUCCAGGAGCAGAUCAACUGGAUCUUCUCCUCCCUGCCAGUAAAUAAACAGAUGCUUGCACUCUCUGCAACUUAUCCAGACUCCUUAGCGCAGCAUCUGUGCAGGUACAUGAGAGAACCGACAUUUGUGCGCCUAAACCCCACUGAUCCGGGACUCAUUGGUCUGAAGCAGUUCUAUAAGCUGGUGCACUCACAUUCCCUGCCUCAUAAGAUCUUUGAGGAAAAAGUACAGAAUCUGUUAGAGCUAUUCAGUAAAGUUCCCUUUAAUCAGGCACUGGUCUUCUCCAAUCUGCAUACAAGGGCGCAGCACUUAGCAGAUGUUCUGUCCUCCAAAGGCCUGCCUGCAGUCUGCAUCUCAGGUGGUUUGAGUCAGGAGCAGAGGCUGGAGGCGAUGUCUAAGCUAAAGCAGUACCAAUGUCGAGUUCUCAUCUCCACUGAUCUGACAUCUCGGGGUAUAGAUGCAGAGAAAGUGAAUUUGGUGAUUAAUCUGGAUGUUCCUCAGGAUUGGGAGACAUACAUGCACCGGAUUGGCCGCGCUGGUCGCUUCGGAACUCUUGGGGUUGCUGUAACAUACUGUUGUCAUGGAGAGGAGGAGAACAAAAUGAUGGCCAUUGCUCAGAAGUGCAGUCUGGCUCUCAGCCUAUUACCAGAUCCGAUCCCAGCUGGACUAAUGGAAGAGCCAUGUGAUUGGAACGUGAUAGUUCAGCCUCCUUCAAAAAAUGACCUCGCUCCUUCCCUUGGAUCUAAAAUAGAAAAGAAACCGGCCAAAUCUGAGCAGACAGUCUCCAAAUCCCCCAGAGAGUCUCAGCACACACUUCCUACUAAAGAGCAGACUGAGCGUCCCAGUACAGCUAGAAUCCAAAAAUCCCAUAGUGACAGGAACAAGAGUAAAAAAUCUGCUCCUGCCCAUGACAACAUACCCAGUGCUGAAAAUCAUCCAGCUCUUACGAGGAAGGAAAUGCAGGAGGCCCUUCCUAAAAUCCCUCCCCUGCCCUCUUUUAAGUCUCAAGCAGUGAGACCCGUGUCUUUCGCUGAGGCCAUGGCUGAUUUUGAGAACUUUAUGACCUCUGGCCCUGGACGAUCAGUUGAGAUCAUAAGACAGUAUGGAACUCAUGAUGACAUAAACAUUAUGGUAGAUGCGGAGUAUAAAAACCAUGCUGACAGGGAUAGUGCUGGGACAGAAGGGGCUUGUAUUAAAUCUUCCAGUAGACAUGAAGAGCCAGUCUUAAUGGAAGGAAUUGCUCAAUCUCAGCAGUCAGUUGGUUCAACCCCUCAUCCAGUGGCCCGUAGGUGCAUGUCUGGCAGCUCUUCUUCCUCUUUAGGCAGUGAUUCCGAGAUGGAGACAGAACAGAAAACGGAUGCCUCAGCGUCCAGCUCUCUGUCCAGUGCACCACAUCUUAACUCUGGACAGCAGCACAUUGUAAAAUCAACAGAUACAGUAAAGCAACCCAUCAAGUGCAGGACAAGUUUUUCCAAAUCCCACAUCAAGACUCCACAUCCAAACAGUCAUGCUCAGCCUCGUCAGCAUUGCAAGUCAAGGUCAGUACCCGAGGAAAAGAGGGCUGGGAAGACUGCCACGGAAGGGAAAGAAGGUAGCUGGAGGAUACAGAGAAGAGCACAGGAGGAAGAGGAGGAGGAGGACAAUGAUGAAGAAGACAAACAACUCUCUCAAGAAGGGAAUGGACAAGACUAUUGGAGAGAAUGCUACCAAGCCUGGGAAGAAUAUUACAACUCUUGGAGUUCAGCCUAUUACUACCACUCACAUUAUAACUGGCUGGCUGCAUAUCGCAUGAAUGCUGUAUACAUGAUGGAAAUGAUGAAACGCUGAUUCAUGGACAAAAAUCUCACUUCUGGGGACGGGUCAAUCGGGUGACGGAUGUAAAGCACAUGUAGGAGGUCUGGAUCUGGGUGGUGCAUUAGUGCUUAAAAAAGUCUGUUAAACUGUUAAAUUAUGGCACAGUUUAUUGUACUAUUUACUAAUAAAAGCAAUAAAAUCA